ACAUAAGACAGGCUUCCGCGGCAGAUCUCAGUCGAAAGAGUCAAUUAAGCUGCACAAGUCGAAGAUGUUUCUUCAGAAGAUGAUGAUCUUCGAUGUGGGGGGAAAGAAAUCGGCAGCAAAUUGCGAGGGCCUUUUUCUCGAAGCUAAAUAAGAUUUCGGAUGCGGGAACUGAUUUUCUCGGAAUCGGAACUAAAGAAGCUUGUUUUCCUUGUGGAUCUUAGGCAUGGAGGACGGCGGCUUUCGGCUUGUACGGCUUCACGCAGUUCACCAAAUCCGGCUUCCUGGAGCAUUCCAAAAAGUUCAAAGAAGAAGAUAUGCAAGUUCAUAUGGAGGGAAAAAGUUGCAUGGUCACGGGAGCUAAUUCCGGCAUUGGUUAUGCAACCGUCGAGGGUCUGGCUUCUCGAGGUGCAACCGUCUAUAUGGUCUGUCGUAGCAAGGAGAGGGGAGAGGCUGCACUCUCUAAAAUUCAGUUGUCCACGGGUAACCCAAACAUACAUCUGGAGAUAUGUGAUCUUUCUUCCAUUAACGAAGUUCAGGCAUUUGUGUCUAGAUUUUCUGUGCAGGAGAAGCCUCUUCAUGUCCUUAUUGGAGUUGAACUUUGCUGUUAAUGUAGCCGCGACUUAUGCCUUAACAGAGUUAAUGAUGCCAUUGUUGGAAAAAGCAGCACCUGAUGCUCGAGUUAUUACAGUUUCUUCGGGUGGGAUGUAUACAACACCUUUGACGCCAGAUUUACAGUUCAGCGAAAGCAAUUUUGAUGGAACAUUACAAUAUGCUAGAAACAAGAGAGUGCAGGUGGCAUUGACCGAAAAGUGGGCAGAAACCUACACUGGUAAAGGCAUUGACUUCUAUUCGAUGCAUCCCGGCUGGGCCGACACACCCGGCGUAGCUCAAAGCUUGCCUGGCUUUUCAGAAAGGUUAUCAGGGAAGCUGAGGACGAAAGAUGAGGGAGCAGAUACGGUGAUUUGGUUAGCUCUGCAGCCGAAGGAAAAACUAAAAUCUGGAGCCUUCUAUUUCGAUCGUGCUGAAGCACCGAAACAUCUACUCUUUGCUGGCACUGCCCGUUCCCAUGCCGCGAUCCACGGCAUUGUUGACGGCCUCCGUUCCUUGUGUAAACUGCCCUGAUUGGUAUAUUUCUUUUGCUUCAUCACCAGAACAAGAUGUUCAAAUAGUUUGGGCUUGAUCACCAGAACAAGAUGUCCCAGUUAUCAACUGCUGGUGCUAUGGCUUCGCUGUAUCUAUGACCGAACAAUUCGUCACUAGGAUGAAGUAUAGCUUGGUGUUUCUUUGAUA